UGAGAUUGUGAUGGUGUGCUGAGGCCACUUGACCUGAAUAUAUAGUGCAGUCGAACUCAGAGUGGAAUGGUGAGUGCGAUGUUGCAAGACGCGUCUGCGAGUACGAUUUGGAUGAGACUCUGAUGGGGGCCGACUGUGUGGGCUGAAUGCUCGUGGUGUGCUUUCGGUGCUUGGACUGCACAGAAUCCGUGCUGGCGCACCAUGCCGAGCGGUGUCUCGUGGAAGUGGCACGAGGGCCCCAUGUUUGUUGGGGCUAACGUGGAGCAUGAGGGCCAGAUUUGUUCAGCUGCUGCUGCUGGGCCAUCAGAUCAUUACCAGAUCAGCUUGGAUUUAAAGUUUCAACAAAACGAAGACAGGGAAGCAUGGACUGCAUGCAUGCUUUUGUCAGACGGCAAUGGCAUGCUUGAAGAAUGCAAAUAAAACUGGAGCUAGCUAGUUGCCUAGUUGCGAUCUGGUAGGUCCAUGCAGGGAACUGCAAGAAGCCACUGCGAAGUGGAGUUCACAUGAUGUGCUGUUGAUCCAGCAGACCACAAACUGAUCUAAGAUGAUUUGAAUUUGUCGAGCAAGUUGUUUGGACGGCUGAACAGGCUUAUCCGGUCAUCAUUCAGAAACAAUGAGCUAUGGGCACAAAAACUUCCAGAUGUCUUAAAAAUAACAAUCUGUAUCUCAUUGCACAACUGACAAAUUGGACCCAAUUUACAUGUGGUCCUCAUGGCCCAUGAGGCAUAGCAGUAUGGCAUCACAUUGUAUUGUGAUAUGUAACGACCCAGACACUACUACAUGUCUAUAUUUCUACAAUUGGCUCCGACAAGUGCCAACAGAUGAUGGCCCGAGAGAAAUCUAAUCAGAACCACACACUGCUUCCCCUUGCAGCACCGCAUGUUCUGAGCUCGUGGCCUUGUCUCUUGCCAGCCGGAGGUGAUAGCUGCACUUGAACUGCAUGCUCUUCUUCCCCGUCACAUAUAAAUCCACCACCUUCACACUUACAUCCACCAGUUCAUCAGCAACCUGAGCAUUACAUCUAGCAGCACAAUACCCUCUGAUACAGUCAUACAGAGGUUCUGUGAACAUUCGAUUCAGCCAGGAAAAGCAGGAGAAGCAACCAUGAUCAGUGCCAAGAGGCUUGUUCAGAUGGCAAAGAAGUGGCAGAGAAUGGCUGCCUUGGCGAGGAAGCGGCUUACCUCGAUGCCGGCAAAAGAAACCGAAGCAUCCUGUGGGACGUCGUCGACGGCAAUGGCCAGCAAGGGCCACUGCGUUGUGUACUCUGCUGAUGGAAGGCGGUUCGAGGUGCCGCUGGCAUACCUUGGCACGGUGGUCCUCGGUGAGCUCCUGCGCAUGUCGCAGGAGGAGUUUGGGUUCGUGAGCGAUGGUGGCAGGAUCACGCUGCCCUGUGACGCCGCCGUGAUGGAGUACGCCAUGCAUUUGGUUAGAAGAGAUGCUUCUGAGGAGGUUGUGAGGGCGCUCUUGAGCUCCAUGGUCAGGCCUUGCCACACUGUCAGUGUCAUUGGCGUGGCGCCAUCGAUGGAGCUCAAGCAGCAGCUAGCUGUAUGUGUAUAAUUCACUAGCUCAUUUUAUUAGCUCGUGUCUCAGUGUCUCUUGAUGUAUGUAGUAAUGUACAGUACAGUUCUGUUCAACCGGAUGUAAGGUUGUUACUUGGUAUAAUCAAAUGAAAUGGAAGAAAGAUGUUACCAGCUCAA